GAACGUAAAUAUGUUCUCUGAUCAGGCGGUUUUGGUUGAGAAGUUGCUGUUUGUCGUUGUGCCAGCUGGGCGUGUUUUUAAUAUUUCUGCUUUUAAUGCUACAAAUUUUUAAAACACUUUGAAUUGAUUUUUUCGAAAAGUGUGAUAGUUCAAGACUAAUUUAAUAAAUGUGCCAAUAACCAAGGAACAGACAAUUAUAUUCUUAUAAUAAUUUACGACGCAUAAAGCUAUUCUCAAUUGACGCCAUGGCUGUUUUGCCGCCUGAUCCAGUUUUUACUCUGCGUUGCCCGGAAAUGGGCCCAGUAAACUCACUUUGUUUUCAUCAAUGCGACCGUUUACUGGCUGGUACAGUUAAAGGUAGUGUUUUUCUGUGGGAUUUGCAGACGAAUCGUACUUCACUGCAUUUUGAGGUUGGACACCAGCCUAUUACUAGUCUUCACCACACCGACGACAUGCUGCUUACACAGGAAAAGGGUGGCACUGUUACUUUAUGGACAAUGACGAAUAGUGGCUACGUUCGUGAACGUACAAUCAAUGGAAAUUUUGCUGCAUUUUGUCGCACAGCUUUGUAUACACCGCCUGAUGGCAGUGGUGAACCACUACUCUUUUAUCCAUCUGAUGAGAAUUCUAUUGGUGUUAUGCAUGUGAAUCUCGAUGCUACUGCUCCAUCACAAAUGCUAGUGCCCGAUGAUCCACAACUGCCCAAAUUGGGCAGUGUCACCUGUUUUAAACCCUUCGAAUGCGCUUCACAAUUAUUUCUCCUCGCCGGCUAUGAGUCCGGUCACUUUCUUACCUGGGACUUGAGCUCAGGCGUGAUUAUAGAUAUGCUGCAGUUGGAUCCUGAACCUAUGGCAGUCGAUUAUGAUCCACAAACAAAUCGAGGCAUUGUUGGCGGCCCUGAAGAGAAGCUCACGGCAAUCACAUAUCAAAGGCAAUCGAUGCAAUUGCAACGAGGGAACGAUAUUGGCAUAAAAAAUGCCGGCAUUAAUUGCAUACGUAUACGAAGUGAUCAGAAGGUAUUCGUCACUGGCGGCUGGGAUGGGCGUGUGCGUAUUUUCUCAUGGAAGAGCUUGCGCCCGCUUGCAGUGUUGACUGAACAUAAGACUUCCACUGGUGGUGGAAUAAUGGAUAUAGCCUUUUCAGAGGAUAAAGUGGCGAUGUGGAAGGCGCGCAUUAUGGCGGCCGCAGGCACAGAUGGCCAAGUUUCACUUUGGGAUUUAUACAAUUAAGCGAAGGGGAUAAUUUUUAAUAUUCAACUUGGCUUGCAGGGUAUAAGAUUUUAUACAAAGCCAUUUAACAAGAACAAGUAACAGUUACUGAACCCAUAUUCCGUUACAAUAAAAUAUGUUUGUAACAAAAGCU